GUUUCGUCUUUACUGAAAGUAAUAGCUUUUCCAGAAUAUAUAAAAUUUGAUUUUUUUAUUAUUUUUAAUUACAUAGAAAGUCCUCAUCAACUUCUGAUGGCAUUCUCUAUGCAUUCUAAUGUAAGAAAACUAUUCCGAAUCACAAAAAAUUCUGGAGAGUUUGCUUGUCUGAACGGAAUUCGAGUACUGAGCAUGAUGUGGGUGAUGUUUUGUCAUGUAUUCUUCACUACAUUAUAUGGUCCUUUAUCAAAUACAAUGGAUUUGUACAAGUUUCUGACCGAUGAUAUUAAAAGUUUGAUCAUCGCUAACGCGCCUUUUUCCGUGGACAGCUUUCUCGUUGUCACUGGAUUGUUAGUAGUUUAUAACUUUAUGAAAUCCCAACAUCAAGGAAAAAAAUUCAACAUUUUUACAUACUUUCGUCAUCGAUAUAUAAGACUCACACCUCCAAUUAUACCAAUUAUGUUAGCUUGCAUGUUUUUGCUGCCAUUCUUUGGAAGCGGACCGUACUAUCCUGAACUUGACGCGAGCAUUGGUAGACCUUGCAGGCGUAGUUGGUGGGCUCUUCUUUUGCAUGUGCAAAACUAUGCAAUUCGGUUACCGGAUGUAUGCAUGCAACACGCGUGGUACCUGAAUGUAGACUGGCAAGUUUACUUAGUCUCCCCUUUAUUCUUGCUUUUAUUGCCAAAGUAUCCCAUUACUGGAUUAUUGAGCAUGUUCAGUGGGAUUAUGGCUUCCAUGGGCGCUUCAUUUUACAUUACAUGGGAUAAGGAACUGCCCGCAAGUAACUUAAAUGGGAAAUUUUUGAGCUAUAGUAACACGUACUAUUUUAAAACUCAUACGCGCAUCUCGCCUUGGUUAAUUGGUGGACUUCUUGGCUAUGUUCUAGCAAAAAUAAAACUAGAAAAAAACAUAGAAUAUCAGAAGAUGCCAAAAUGGUUGAUUGGUGUGAUAUGGAUUUUAGUAUUAGCUGUACUUCCAGCCUGUGUAUUUGCUGGUUAUGAUACUCAAACCAGUUUAACAAACCAUAGGUUGGACAAUUCGUUUUUUAAUGCAUUUUCUAGACCAGCAUGGGGAUUAUGUAUAGCAUGGAUUAUAUUUGCUAGUUCCAUAGGAUACGGAGGGAUAAUAAAUUCAAUUUUAUCAUGGCCGGUAUUCCAAAUACUAAACCGAUUGAGUUAUAGCAUGUAUUUACUACAUCUUACCAUGUUAUAUAUAAUAGCAUAUUCACAGAAACAAGCUAGAUACUUUUCGAUCUUCGAUCUGGCUUAUUCUUUCUGGGGUAUUUUUGCGUUAAGUUUCGUAAUGUCAAUAUUCUGGUCAAUGGCAUUCGAAAUACCAAUAUUAGAGUUAGAGAAAUACUUCACGAGACAUAAAGGUUCGAAAACGCAAAAGGACGUGCCAAAAAACGGAAAUGAAUCUGCAAUAACCAUACGAACAGAGCACUGAAAUAAAUACAAUUUUAGAUAUGGCAAAGGAUCUUCAGUACAUUAUUCCAAUAGCUACAAAAAUUAAGCUAUAUGUUAAUAGUGUACUAUGUCUUUCUAAUAGCUUAAGAUAUUUGUAUUUAUGUAUUAAACGAGUACGAAUGACCAA